AUGAGGAGCCGGAGGAGUUUCCUUCUCUCACUGGUAAAACAUCAUCAUCAUCAUCGGAUGAACAACCCUCUUCUCGUGUUGAACGCAUCAUCAUCAUCAUCAUCACUUUUUCAUCGUCGUCGGUGUUCCUAUUCGCACAACAACAAGAAGAAGAAGAGUAGAACAUUCUGCUGCUCUUUCUCCUCUUCUUCGUCUUCUUCUUCUUCUUCUUCUUACGUUGAUGAAAAAACGUUGAUACCGUUGAACGAACGAAAAGCGACGUUCGACUCUACGAGAGAGGAAUUAAAACGAUGGCAAACGUGGGCAAAAGAGAAGAUAACAAAGAGUAAAGGAGCGUUUUCUUCGUUCGAUGGCGGUAAUAAAGACAGUGGUCAACAGAGUCAUCAUCAUCGUCAUCAUCAUCAUGACACUACUAAUAAUGACCCAGUAGAUGAACAGUCGUUAGUUACCGAAUUGGAGUGGCUGUUGGAAGACGUCGUCGCAAACGAAGGAAAAAGUGAUGAUAUCUCAAUGCGCAUGAAUUUCGACCAAUUGACAGCUUUAUGGAACAAGCGCAUUGAUGACCGGUACCCGAUUCAGUAUUUAACGAAGUCUUCGCAGUUUCGGACGGUAUCCUUGUACGUCGCGCCGGGCGUUUUAAUACCUCGACCGGAAACAGAACUCUUGAUUGAUUUUGCAUACCAGCACGUGAAAAUAUACGGGAAGAACGAACAUUUAAAAGAGUUGCCUUGGUUAGAUUUAGGCACCGGGUCUGGAGCAAUUGCAUGCGCGUUAGCCACGGAGUUGAAGGAUAUGUUCUCGAAGACGAACCCGGGGGUGUACGCCACAGAUUUUUCCAAGGAAGCGCUGGAGAUUGCAAAGAUAAACGUAGAGCGUUUAAGGUUGAACGAUACGGUUUCUUUGUUGCAUGGGUCGUGGUUCGACGCUUUACGCGAGCAUAAUGGUAUCAAGUUUGCCGGAAUCGUAUCAAAUCCACCUUAUAUUCCCUCGGACGUCGCCGCAAAUUUGCAGCCAGAGGUUGGUCGACACGAACCAAUGUCCGCGUUGGAUGGUAGAGGCGAAUUGGGGAUGGGUGAUUUAGAUGUAAUUUGUGAAUUUUCGCACGAAUACUUAGCUCCUGGGGGUUUUUUGGCGUUAGAAACGCACGGUGGAGAACAAGCUUUACUAGUGUGGGAGAAAUUAUGGAAGACGAACCUCUACGAGGACGUUCGCGUUCGGAGUGAUUACGCCGGCGUGGAGAGAUUCGUUACGGCGCGAUUGAUCGAUGCUAAGAAAGUGCAUAGGUUUAGUAAUACUAGCUUUAAAGAUUAG